UCAAGAACAGACUUUGCUGUCUGCUCCUCUUGGUUUAAAAAUUUGACUGACCCGGAGGUCAUCAUGAUUAGAGCUUCAAGUAUUUACUGCUUGGUGCAGCACUGCUAACUCUUUUGAUCCUUACAACCCAUGAGCCCCCAGGAGGAAGGCUGCAGCCAGACACCACCUCAGUCACCAUGAGCCCCUGGCAGCCCCUGGUUCUGGCGCUCCUGGUGCUGGACUGCAGCUCAGCAGCUCCCACACGGCAUCAGCCUACCGUGGUGGUCUUCCCAGGGGACCUGCGAACCAACCUCACCGAUAGGCAGCUGGCAGAGGAGUAUCUGUACCGCUAUGGCUACACACGCGUGGCAGAGAUGCGCAGGGACAAGCUGGGUCAGGCGCUGCAGGUUCUCCAGAAACGCCUGAGCCUGUCCGAGACCGGCGAGCUGGACAGCGCCACCCUGGAGGCCAUGCGAGCCCCGCGCUGCGGCGUUCCAGACAUAGGCAGAUUCCAGACCUUUGAGGGUGAACUCAAGUGGCAACACCACAACAUCACCUACUGGGUGGAGAACUACUCGGAAGACUUGCCGCGCGACGUGAUCGACGACGCCUUUGCGCGCGCCUUCGCGCUCUGGAGCGCCGUGACGCCGCUCACCUUCACUCGCGUGCACGGUCGCGACGCCGACAUCGUCAUCCAGUUUGGAGUGAGGGAGCACGGAGAUGGCUACGCCUUCGAUGGGAAGGACGGGCUCCUGGCGCACGCCUUUCCUCCUGGCCCAGGCAUUCAGGGAGACGCGCACUUCGACGACGAAGAGUUGUGGACUCUGGGCAAGGGCGUCGUGGUUCCAACCCACUUCGGAAAUGCAAACGGGGCCCCCUGCCACUUCCCCUUCACCUUCGAGGGCCGCUCCUACUCCUCCUGCACCACAGAGGGCCGCUCGGAUGGCGUGCCCUGGUGCGCCACCACGGCCAGCUAUGACACCGACCGCCAGUUUGGCUUCUGCCCCAGCGAGAGACUGUACACCCAGGACGGCAACGCGGACGGCAAGCCUUGUGUGUUCCCCUUCACCUUUGAGGGCCGCUCCUACUCCGCCUGCACCACAGAGGGCCGCUCCGACGGCUACCGCUGGUGCGCCACCACGGCCAACUACGACCAGGACAAGCUCUACGGCUUCUGCCCCCCUCGAGUCGACUCCACCGUGACCGGCGGCAACUCAGCCGGGGAACUGUGCGUCUUCCCCUUCACCUUCCUGGGCAAGAAGUAUUCGUCCUGUACCAGAGAGGGCCGCAGCGACAGGCACCUCUGGUGUGCCACCACAUCGAACUUCGACAGUGACAAGAAGUGGGGCUUCUGUCCCGACCAAGGGUACAGCCUGUUCCUGGUGGCAGCGCACGAGUUUGGCCACGCGCUGGGCUUAGAGCAUUCUUCGGUGCCAGAGGCACUCAUGUACCCCAUGUACAGCUUCACGGAGCAGCCCCCUCUGCACGACGAUGAUGUCAGGGGCAUCCAGUUUCUCUAUGGCGCUCGCCCAGAGCCUGCACCCCAGCCUCCAGCCACCACCACCUCUGAGCCUCAGCCCACCGCACCUCCCAUCACCUGCCCCACAGUGCCUCCCCCUGCGCCCCCCUCAGAACGACCCACUGCAGGCCCCACAGGCCCCCCCGGCGUAGGCCCCACAGGCCCCCCGACGCCAGGCCCUUCUGUGGCCCCUACACCGUCUUUGGAUCCAGAGGACAAUGUCUGCAACGUGGACAUCUUUGACGCCGUCGCGGAGAUUGGGACUCACCUGCAUUUCUUUAAGGACGGGAAGUACUGGCGACUCUCUGAGGGCAGUGGACACCAGGUGCAGGGCCCCUUCCUUAUCAAGAGCACGUGGCCAGCACUCCCCGCUAAGCUGGACUCCGCUUUUGAGGAUCCCCUCAGCAAGAAGAUUUUCUUCUUCUCUGAACGCCAAGUUUGGAUGUACACAGGCGCGUCGGUGCUGGGUCCCAGGCGUCUGGACAAGCUGGGCUUGGGUCCGCAGGUGGCCCAGGUGACCGGGGCCCUCCCGCGCGGCGGGGGCAAGGUGCUGCUGUUCAGCGGGCAGAGUUUCUGGAGGUUCGACGUGAAGUCGCAGCUCGUGGAUUCUAGACAAGGUACCCCGGUAGAUCAGAUGUUCCCCGGGGUGCCCUUGAACACGCACGACAUCUUCCAGUACCGAGGGAAAGCUUACUUCUGCCAGGACCACUUCUUCUGGCGCGUGAGUUCCCGAAAAGAGGUGAACCAGGUGGACAAAGUGGGCUACGUGUCCUUCGACAUCCUGCACUGCCCGGAGGAGUAGGGCUUCGCCUCCCGCUUCAGCCCUGCAGGGUGGGUCCCCUGGGGCUGACCCAGGGGGGAGGAGCCAGGUUGCUGGAUCCGAACUGGUGGGUCUGUUCUGGGACAGGGAGAGGGCAGGUGGGCCGGGCCCUCUGUUCCCACCUUCCUUUUUUGUUGGAAUGUUUUUAAUAAAC